AUGCAAUACGUUAUCACCCACAGCCGCUGGCAUAAUAACUACGAUGUCUCUGUCGGCAAUUAUCACUCAUAUCAUGUUGAUAACUCCAAAAUAACACCGGGCAAACCAGACCUGACAUUUCACGCUGGUCCGGAUACAACCUCACCUAUCAUUGGCAGUUGUCGAUACCAUCACUUUUCAUCAGACACAGAGAUUGGUCUCGGAGAUCCCAGCCACUCCCAUAAGAUAGAGCUGAAUCGGGAGGGAUUACUUCCGAAGCGCUACUCUUUCCGAACAAAUCUGAGCGACCAGAAGCCCCGGACAUUUACCUGGAAAGGAACAUCUCAGGGAUCUGGCCAUCAUAACCACAAGCUAGUGGAUGAAAACACACAGCAGAUUGUUGCGCUAUUUUCCUCUGGUAGUCGUUUUUCUAGUACAGACGGUCAGUUGGAUAUUUACGUCGAGUAUGGACCGCAAUUUUCACUCUUGGCCCUCAUGACUUUCCUUGCCCUACAUGAGAAACGUCGACGUGCGAGAAACUCAAGCGCUGCCGCAGGUGGCGCAGGUGCAGGAGCUUCAGGUGUAGGAGCGUGA